UUGUUUGUUUAUGUUUAAUUUUGUUAUUGUUCAACGUAGUAGAGGUUAUUGUGUAAUAUUGUGGUCUUGGUCUUAAACUUAAAACUUAUGUUAAACUUAAUGUGGCUUUAAGUUCGACGUUGACCGUUGUGCAAAGGCAUGGGCAAGGACAAGAAAAAACACAAGAAGAAAUCCAGUAAACACAAAAAGCGCUCAAGCCCAAAGUCAAGCUCUGUUGAGAGCAGUAGCAAUGAUGAAUGGGUAGAGAAAGAGGCUGCCCCACCAUUGUCCAAGACACAACCAUCCUUACCACCAAGACUUGACAAUGUCUGUACAAUGGACGAGUGGGCAUCAAACCCUGCAUUACUGGCCUGCACCUCUCGAGAUCAGCUGAGGCAGGCCAGGGAGAAAAAGGACACAAAAGAGGAAUAUGAUAAAUACAUGUUAGAUAAGCUAGGCCGGACUGAUCGUGAGCUCAACCCGUACUGGAAGGAUGGUGGCUCCGGUUUACCAGAGGAGUGUGCUGCUUCAGUAGAAUCUCUGCGACAAGCGCAGGUGACUGUGGGAGACCAAGGCGCUGCUUGGCUGAAGAAGGCGUUACAGCGAGCCAAGGAGCAGGCACAGGACUCAGGCAGACCAUUAGCUGAGGUGGUGGCUGAGCGGUGGGGCUCACUAGAAAAGUUGGAGACCAUGAUAGCUGCUGCUGAGGAACGUGAUAAAAAUAAGACAUCCAGCUCUAAUUAUCGGCCUAGAUACUCUAGUAAUGAUCAAUAUAAAGAUAGGAAACACAAGAGUCAACAAGAUAGAGCACAGAUAAAGAGCUCAAAAAAGAAUUUUUCCAAACCUGGUGACAGCAGUGAAAACAGUAGUGACGAACAGAGAAAUUACGGGUGUAAAAAUAGUUUUGAAAGGGACAAUGACAGAAUAAAGUUAAGUAGAUAUGACAGUAAACAUAAAGAAUCAAAUAAAAAAAGGUCAAAGAAAGUAAGCGAAUCUUCAGAAAGCAGUAAGGAUAGUGUAGAAGAGGAUAGGUAUGAAUCUAAAAAAUAUGGGUAUGACAGAAAAACAAAACAUUCACUCAAAGAAUUUAACAAGCCGCCUAAUAGUAGUGAUGAAGACAGUGAUGGAAGGAGGAAGGAUCAAGAUAGAAAUAGAGAAAAAGACUUCAACCAAAAGUUUAUGAAACCACAUCGAGAUAGUAGUGAAGAAGAUAAUGGUGAAAGAAAGAAAUAUCGGGAUAGAAAUAGAGAAAAAGAUUCCAACAGAAAGUUUGCAAGACCGCGUCAGGAUAGUAGUGAAGAAGAUAGUGAUGGAAGAAGGAAAUAUCAAGAUAGAAAUAGAGCAAAAAAUUCCAACAGGAAGUUUGCAAAGCCACGUCAUGAUAGUAGUGAAGAAGAUAGUGAUGGAAGAAGGAAAGAUCGAGAUAGAAAUAUAGCAAAAGAUUACAAUUGGAAGUUUGCAAGACCACGUCAGGAUAGUAGUGAAGAAGAUAGUGGUGGAAGAAGGAAAGAUCGAGAUAGAAAUGGACCAAAAGAUUCCGACAGGAAGUUUGCAAGACCGCGUCGGGAUGGUAGUGAAGAAGAUAGUGAUGGAAGAAAUAAGAACCGAGAUAGAAAUAAAGCUAAAGACUCCAACAGGAAAUUUGCAAGACCACGUCAUGAUAGUAGUGAAGAAGAUGAUUUUAAAUCAAAGUACAAUCAUAAAUCAAGAGAUUACAAAUCAAUGUCUUCUUCUGGCAAAGGAUGGAGGAAGCAAGUGGAAUCACAGAAAAAGUAUCAAGAAGUUGAUAAAAAAAUUGGUAUAGAAAGAGAUAAGAAAUGUGAUGAGGCAACUAAAGAAAUUAAUGAAGACGUUACAGGUGAUGUUGAAGAUAACAAACAUUCAUUGGUAACUGAUGCAGAACCAGUUUUAACUGAUAAAGAACUUAAUGAACUUGCUGCUAAACUAGUUAAAGCAGAACUAUUAGGAAACCAAAGUCUAGCAGAAGAGCUGAAAGCCAAACUAUCCAAAGCAAGAGAAGCUAAGGCCAACGCACCCAAAGAUUCAGGUGCGUCCAAGGAGGUUGUGAUCUUGACACACACAGAUUCCAAGGGCUUUACUCGACCUGUGAGUCUGUCCGAGCCCUCAGAGUCUUCAGGCGGACGACGGAGAGGCAAGAAAGUGGAGACCCACACUGGAGGCAAGAGGAUGAGAUAUUUUGCUGAUGAUGAUAAAUACAGUCUACAAGAAAUGUUCCAGAGAGAAAAACUUAACACAGUUGAAGACUCCAAUGAAGUGUUCGCUAAACUAGCAUCCAAGAUUGACUAA